AUGGGGACACUCACUGCUGCUGCCUACCGCUGCCUGCCUUGGCCUGCAUUUGGCCCACAACUUGCUGCACUCACGGGGUGGAACAGCACAUCAUCGACCUUCACACUCAUCACGCUCAGGGAUUCGGACAAGGGCGGCCCCAAGAUGUACUUCACGGCCGAGCUGGCCGGCGACGGCUUUGGCGACGUCGCCGACCCCAAGCACCGCAACAUCUACUUUGAAGGGCCGCAGAGCACCGUCAUCAACCUCCUCCGCCACGGCUGA